AUGGCUCACCAAUGUACCUUCCUGGACAUGAUGGACUAUAGGGAAGAGGGAAAGGAAGCAUUACUAUCGGAUCUCAUGUUACAGGUAAAGUGCCUGGACUGUCUUUCCACCAGGUUCCUCAUUGGUGAAACCUACCUGACAUUGGAGGAGAAGGGAAGUGCUCGAGGACCUGGAAAUAUGAACAGAACUCUGCAAGGAGACUGCAGUGGUCAUCGCCACUCUCCGAGCUUCAUCACGCCGCCCAAGGAUGAUAAGAAGAAGAAAGAUGCCAGAAUGUCAGCCAAAAAAGACAAAGACCCAGUAAAUAAGUCCGGUGGCAAGGCCAAAAAGAAGAAGUGGUCCAAAGGCAAAGUUCGGGACAAGCUCAACAAUCUAGUCCUGUUUGACAAGGCUACAUACGACAAACUCUGUAAGGAAGUUCCCAACUAUAAACUUAUUACUCCAGCCGUGGUCUCUGAGAGACUGAAGAUUCGCGGUUCCUUGGCCAGGGAAGCCCUUCAGGAGCUCCUUAAUAAAGGGCUUAUCAAGCUGGUUUCAAAGCACAGAGCCCAAGUAAUUUAUACCAGAAACACAAAGGGUGGAGAUGCGCCAGCUGCUGGUGAAGAUGCAUGA